AUGAGAGAGCAGGGUAGAGUGGUGAUGCACUCACGACGCAGUAGAGAUGGGUUCCUCACAGAGAUCUUGAAAUUGAUCCGGAGGAUUGAUCACUUGAUCGCCUUCAUGUGCUCUAGGUGUAAGAAGACAAUUUUUUGCCCGUCUCGGCUGAACUAAAUGUUUGCUGCAAGAUGUUUUUGCUGAAGGAACACACAAAGAGGAGAAAAGAAGCUUCCGCAACUGAUUCAACUUUUUUUACGAUCUGAGCAGAGAUACGUUACAGAGCUAAAGAUAAAAACGAUGUCAUCUCCAGGGCUCGAGCCAAGGAAACAUAUGGAUGUGGUGUACAUCUCCAUUGAGAUAGCCAUCGCUGUGGCCUCCGUUCUGGGGAACGUACUAAUUGUGCUCGUAGUGUACGUGAACCAGGCUCUCCGUGACACCACCUUCAGCUUCAUCGUGUCUCUGGCUGUGGCUGACAUCGCCGUUGGAAGUUUGGUGAUCCCGCUGGCCAUUGUUAUAAGCCUGGGAUUCAGGACCCAGUUCUACACCUGCCUCAUCCUCUCCAGCCUGGUGCUGACCAUCACCCAGAGCUCCAUCCUGUCCCUCCUGGCCAUAGCCAUCGACAGAUAUCUGCGCAUAAAAAUCCCAACAAGGUACAACGACAUAGUGACCCAGGGGAGGGCGUACAUGGCCGUUUGUACGUGCUGGAUCCUCUCCAUCCUCAGCGGACUGGUUCCGUUGGUUGGCUGGAACGACCUGAGCCACGGCAACCUCAGCAAGUCCAGUGAGAUAGUUUGCGAGUUUAAAACCGUUAUUCGUAUGGACUACAUGGUGUAUGUGAACUUCUUCGUCUGUGUGAUGGUGCCACUGGCCUUGAUGAUCAUUCUGUACGGGGAGAUCUUCCGAGUGAUCCGGAAGCAGCUGAACCGCCGCGCUGAGGCCACUUGUGAUAGAGAGCGGUACUACCGAAAGGAGCUGAAGCUGGCCAAGUCGCUGGCCUUGGUGGUUUUUCUUUUUAUCACGUGCUGGAUGCCGAUACACAUCAUGAACUGCGUUGAGCUGUUCCGCCCGGGCGAAACUCCCAAGUCUGCUUUGUACGUAGGAAUCUUCAUGUCUCACGUAAACUCAGCGCUAAACCCGAUGGUCUAUGCUUUCCGGAUAAAACGGUUCCGUCUGACGCUGAUCCAAAUAACUCGCCAGUGCAUGUUAUGUAAGUCAACGGUGGCCACCCCGUGCCCUACCAGCACUAUGGACGGGAAUGAAAAAACGGAUGUGAACCACUAGCAUAUACUGAGGAGGAGUGUUAGUCUUUACCAUGUGCCGCAGACACUACAAAUAAUCAUGAGAUUAUUAUCAAAAACGGAAGAAGUAAGACUGACCGUUUAAGACAUAAAUACUGUUUUAUAUGAUUUUAAUGUACCUAAUUUUGGGUGCCGUUAGGAGCUGAUAAUUUGUGUCCAACAUCUGUCGUUGAUUUGAAAAAAAACUGAUUGUGUGUGUUUAAGUCUCUGUAGAUGGCCCUUAUGUGUGAGUGUGUGUGCAUGGUUGUUUGUCCUGUUUGUCUCUGUGUUGCCCUGUGAUGGACGGACCCUGCCUCUCGCCCAAUGACGGACCCUGCCUCUCGCCCAAUGACCGCUGGAGGUAGGGACCAGCCCCCCCACAACCCUGCAGGAUUAAGCAGGUACAGAUAAUGGAUUUAUGGAUGGAUGGAUGGAUGGAUGGACGGAUCGAAAUAAAUGUGUUAACUUAUCAAGUUAUUUUUUUUUGUACGGGAACAUUCACAAGAGAAAAAAGAAAAACGUUAAAAAAAAAUUCCAGGAUAUCAGAACAUCACAAAAAGCAGUUUAUAAACAGUGCUUAUGAGCAGGAAAUACACAGAAUCGAUUGUUUGUGCCACGGACACUAUGUAAAGAGGCUUCUGAGUGAGAAAGUGGUGUUUGCAUCCUCCUAUUAAAAAUGUGUAUGUAAUUUACCUCUCAAUGCCUUGUUCCUUACAAUGUGAACCCUGUGAAAAAAAACUGCAUUACAGUUUGUUUGUUUUUUGUUAAUCCUGAUUGCAGAUUACAAUAUGAUCCUUCAUUGUACGAAUUAAACAUCUUUCUUGUUUAAAAGAUUUAAAUGACGGAUUUCUUUUCUCGCAAUAUCUCAGCUCUAUAAGGUUUCACCCACACGGCCCUAAAAUGAUGUGCUGGUAUAACAAUAGGUAAAGCAGCUAUUAGGGCCAUUUUGGACCACUGGUUCUUAGCAGUACAGUCUGUGCCCUUCGGUUUGAUUGUGGAAAACAAAAUUGGAGCUCUUUAAAUGGUUUUCAGAAAUCACUAGCAUAUAUUUACCAAAGUCGUAACAAUAAUCCAAAGGUUAUAGAGGAUAUAUUGUCAUUGGAGAUUUAAGACCACAGGACGGCAACAGACCCUCGGUUAGGUGGGGGCUGCGUAGAUAAAUUUAACAAAAAUGUUCCAGCAGACAGUUGAUAUUCAAAUGUCUGCUGCAUAUGCCUUUCAAAGACUUGCCUAUCUUAUAGAUACUGGCAGCACAUCAUAUAGUGCCUCAUAUUACCCAGUAUUAAAUCGGUCUAUAGAAUAAAAAGAUUUAUUUUUUACAUCCCUUUAUUUUUUGUCUUUCUUUUAAAUCUACAGUAGGGAUUUUAAAAUGUUUUUUUUUUUUUAUUUCCAACUACCCGCUGCCUUUCACAUGAACCGGAAUGAGUGGAGCUCUAGUUUUAGUUCUUUUACACUUUGUCAUUGCUGCGUUUCUUUAAAGGAUUUGUUUCCACUUGUUUCUGCUUAGGCUUUUGUGACUUUCAGCAAAAAAAAUCAAUAAAUGUAAAAAACAAACCUUUUGUGCGUUUCUUGUACGGUUUAUCAACUACACAAACUGCUCAGUAUGCACAUGAAUUGAAUUGCCCUGCUCCAACUGCAGAUGAAACAGGCUGAUUUACACUGGACAAAAGUCUGAAAAAAAAGGCAAGGGAUUCAGUGCCAAGCCUUUAUCACACAACGCAGGGCGCUGUUCAGCUAAUUCAGCUUCUUCUGGCUGUAUAUUAAAAGUUGUUGGAGAGAGGUGAAAAGCACUGGACCAUUUUAAUCAAUUAUCUAAAGAGCAUUAAGCUGAUUUAUUCCAACUCUAAACCGAAAGCUUCUGCAAUAGUUCUGCUUUGUCAUCAGUUCGACUUCUACCUCAUUUCAGCAGCAGUGUUCUCUGCAAUAAUUGAUGUUGAAUUCUUCUGAAACUUUCAGAUUUUAUGUGUGGUAAAUACCAGCAUUUGCCGUAACAAUAAGCACUGUACUAUAUGAAGAUAUUUACUUUAAUCUCAGUUAUUAUGAAAUAAAAUCAUCGCCUCUACCUCUCGGUUUCUGUCUGUCGCUCAAUCAUGAACUCAUUAAUACCUAUAAUACCAUCUGUCAGCCCCUCCCUCCUCGCCGAGGGAUUUUAAACUGCUGAGUGUGGUUAAAUCUUUAGCCCUUGUCUUAGUGACGGCAAUAUCACAUAACCAACUUGGUAGUACUGGCUUCAUUAGCCGUUUCUGUUUUUUGCCGCAUAACAAAUGUGUCAGGAGCAGAAAUAUGUUCUAAUAGAGAAGAGAAGAAGGCUGGUGCAAUUCUUAUCUGGUUCUAAACUAAAAUAUUGAUCUUCUUCAAGCCUCAGAAAGCAGCUUACAUUUGGAACUAUAAAAUGGCGAACACCCAUGAAGCGGAGGGCGAUCAGGAUCCCGAGGCUCCUGGAGGAAGACCUGGAGGAUGAGCAGCAAACGUUGCUGCACUUAAGCAAACAUGGUGACAGUCAGCGUGCGCAACCAUGGGAGCAGUGGACCUUCAAAGAAAAAGCAAACUAUUGCAUGGAUCGCUUCUUCCUUGCCUUUUUAAUCCUCUUUCUGAUCGUUUUACUGGGCGAAUGUAGCUAUAAAAUGUGGUAUGUGUCAAAUGUGAAAAAGAUAGCGGAGUUUGUGUCAGACUGUGUAAUAUUCCUGAUCGACUGGCUCUUCACCCAGGAGAGACAGGAGGAGCUGGUUGAACUGUAAGGUGUGAAUAAAGUUCAUCACGUCAUUUUC